AUGUUGAUAACUGGGGGCCUUGCAAACACACUACAUCAAGACAAGUGAAGAUGGCGGAUGUGUUGAGUGUUCUUCGUCAGUAUAAUAUCCAGAAAAAGGAAAUCGUCGCUAAAGGGGAUGAAGUCAUAUUUGGGGAGUUCUCCUGGCCGAAAAAUGUCAAGACCAACUACAUAAUCUGGGGUACUGGUAAAGAGGGCCAGCCCAAAGAGUACUAUACUUUGGACUCGAUCUUGUUUUUGCUAAACAAUGUACACUUGCCGCAUCCAUCCUAUGUGCGAAGAGCUGCAACAGAGAACAUCCCUGUUGUCAGGCGACCUGAUCGAAAGGGCUUACUGUCAUAUCUCAAUGGCGAGAGUUCUACAUCGACGAGCAUCGACAGAAGUGCGCCUAUAGAAAUAGGUUUGCAAAGGCCAACGCAAGUCAAAAGAGCAGCUGAUGAGGUAUCUUCUGAAGCCAAAAAACCACGGAUUGAGGAUGAGGAACGAGUGCGCCUGGACAAAGAGCGUCUGGCUGCCCGUCUGGAGGGCCACAAAGAGGGCAUCGUGCAGACUGAUCAGAUCAGAUCUCUGUCUGAGGCCAUGUCGGUGGAGAAAAUCGCAGCCAUCAAAGCCAAAAUUAUGGCAAAGAAACGUUCAACCAUUAAAACAGAUCUGGAUGAUGACAUAACCCUGAAACAGAGAAGCUUUGUGGAUGCAGAAGUUGAUGUCACCAGGGACAUUGUCAGCAGGGAGCGGGUCUGGAGGACGAGGACAACUAUUCUCCAGAGUACUGGAAAGAACUUCUCGAAGAACAUCUUUGCAAUCCUUCAGUCAGUGAAAGCCAGAGAAGAGGGUCGAGCACCAGAGCAGAGGCCAGCACAGAACACUACUCAAGUGGACCCGUCCCUGAGGACCAAGCAGCCCGUCCCAGCUGCCUAUAACAGAUACGAUCAGGAGCGAUUCAAAGGAAAAGAGGAAACUGAGGGUUUCAAGAUUGAUACCAUGGGUACCUACCACGGCAUGACCCUGAAGUCGGUGACGGAAGGAGCAUCUGCUCGGAAGGCCCAGGCCCCAGCUCUGCAACCCGUGCCUCGUCCAGUUUCACAAGCCAGACCUCCACCAAAUCAGAAGAAAGGGUCGCGGACACCCAUCGUCAUCAUUCCUGCUGCCACCACCUCCCUCAUCACGAUGCUCAAUGCCAAGGAUCUUCUGCAGGAUCUCAAGUUUGUCACAUCAGAAGACAAGAAGAAGCAGGGCAUACAGCGCGACAAUGAGGUCCUGCUUCAGAGGCGCAAAGACCAGAUCCAGCCUGGUGGCACGACGCUAAGUGUCACUGUUCCGUACCGUAUCAUUGAUCAGCCACUAAAACUGGCUCCACAGGACUGGGAUCGAGUGGUGGCCGUGUUCGUGCAGGGUCCUGCCUGGCAGUUCAAAGGAUGGCCGUGGCUGCUGCCUGACGGAUCCCCUGUUGACAUUUUUGCCAAGAUCCGAGCCUUUCAUUUGAAGUACGAUGAGGCAAAGACAGACCCCAAUGUGCAGAAGUGGGAUGUGACCGUCCUGGAGCUGAGCCGCCACAGACGCCAUCUGGACCGGCCCGUCUUCUUGCGCUUUUGGGAAACCCUUGACAGAUACAUGGUGAAACACAAAUCUCACCUCAGGUUCUGAUCACACGUCACUGCAUCCAUCUCCAAAAAUCCCGCAAAUUCUUCUUCCACCUCUGCUCGGCCCACCUCUUUCACCCAAGCUGCCAGCCCAUCUACCCCCUUGAUCCCCAUUUCAUCAGGAGAAGGAAGAGGACACCUCAUCCAGUGGACUUCCUCCAGCUCUUCCUCAAGGACUCCUAAUGCAAUGUGCUGGAUUUGUUCCUCCGGACGUCAGAGAGGAGAUUUUUGUGUUUUUGUUGUAAUUGUUUUCUAAUGUCCUCAUGUAGUUAAACAGAAAUACCAAAAUAUGUUUUAUAUAAAAAGACAACAUACUGUGGAGACAAUUUAAAUAUAUUAAAACAGCAUAAUGAGGAUGGAGGGAGAGGAGGUUUACUUUUUUUUGGCAGUGGUAAUGGGGGAAGAAACUCAAAACAAAAGCAGCCACUGAAAGACGCUUCCUUUACUUACUUUCUUUUUUUCAUUUUGGGUGUUUGUGGUCUGAAUGUAUAUAUGUGAUCAAAUCUGUGAGAGCCAAAGCUCUUUGAGCAGAGAGCAAGAAGCAGGUUAGCAAUUUGUUAAUACAUUAGAAAACUACUGUGCUCUGCCUCAGUAAAAUGAUCUCAGCCAAGCAGUCGAUGCCCGGAUCGGUUUUUGACAGAUCAAGCGUCUCUUGGUCAUUCAGUGACCUUGUUAACGUUUUCUUUUUCUUCUUGGUGUCGUGCUAGAUGAGAGAAAUGGUGAAAAGUUUUGCUUUAAGUCAUCACAUGAAAAUAGACAAUAAAGCCUCUGAAAAACA